AUGGCCAGCGAUAGGAGGCUCACGCAGUCGCUGCGAAGCUCCUCAAAUCCGCAAGCAGCCAGAAACGCGUCGAGCACGACGCGAAAUGCGGCGCCAGAUCCGACCGUUACGGCAGAGCUUCCGCCGCCCUCAUUCCACGUGGACGUGGCGAUUGCAGGCGGCGGUCUCGCGGGGCUCGCGCUCGCCGCCGGCCUGCAGUGGCGCGGCGUCGAGGCGGCCGUUUUCGAGGCAGCACCCGCCGUGCUGCGAUCGAACAACAGCACGGGCACGAUACUCGUCAUGUUUCCCAACGGCACUAAGGCGCUCGAGGGAUUAAAGCCGGGGCUCGGCGACGCUGUGAUUGCGUGUGGAUCAUCGAUCACAAAAGUUCAGUCGGUUUUCCAAGAACUUUCGGCCGAUAUAGUAGAUUUUGAACCGGCCAGAGCUUCUACGAGCUGCGGUCCCUGUAGUAGCGGAUCUGGCACUAACGAUGCUGCUAUGAAAGGAACCAGCGAAAAUCGCGACGGGUGGGUUAUGAGGGACGUGGCGCCGCGAGGCCAGAUAGUCGUGGAGUGGGCGCGAGCCCAAGAGGUGCUUGCCUCGUCUUUAAUGCGACCCGAGAGUAUUAUGCACGGUCAUCGCGUCGUGGCGUACCAUCCCGUCGUGGCGGGAAUUCCUAUAGACAGCAGGAGCGGUGAAAUGGAAAGUAGCAAUGCUGCCGGUAUCGAGGGAGAGGUGGAAGCGGUUGACAUGGUGCUCGAGGUUGUGGGUUCGAAUCCUAAAACUAGCGCAAAUGAUUGCAGCUUUGCUGUUGCGGAAGGAGCUGAAACUGCGGACGAGGUGGGUGCAGUGGAGCAACAGCGCCAGCUGGUGGUGGUUCGUGCGAAGAUUCUGGUCGCAGCAGAUGGCCUACGAUCAGCUGUGCGAAAUCAGAUGAUCGGCGACUCGCCUCGGUAUCUGGCACAGAUUGGAUGGAACGCGCUUGUGCCAAACCCGCUAACCGCGAGAGUGCACCAACAACAAGAUAGAACGUUCUUUUAUUUCAAAGAUGAGGUUCAAGCUGAUGACCCUGAUGGCCAGCUCGUAUCCGAGCUCCAGCUAACACCCUUUGGUGGCUUUGGCAAGCCAGGUGUCAAAGACCGUUUGAUGUGCCACAUCAGCAAGAACAUUGCAGACCCCUCAGGGCACGACACCUGGCAUACCAUGCUCCAAGUGGUUACCACCACCGACCCUGGGAGCAUCUACGAGCGGUGGAUGAUGGACCGGCCUCCUCCAAAUGAUUCUUGGAGCGACUCGAAUUGUGGUAGCAGGGUUGUUCUUAUGGGGGAUGCUGCACAUGCCAUGCACCCCGGACCAGGGCAAGGUGCUCAUACUGCAUUCGAGGAUGCACACCAGUUGUCCCUAUGCCUUGCUGAGAUCAAGGACAAGCUCACCGAACCUGCUGCCGUGGCUGCUGUGGUUCGGGAGUAUGAGGCUCGGCGGAUCGAUCGGUGUGUGAAAGUCCAUGCAUACGCCACUGCAGCGCAUUGGUAUGGUCAGGAGGGGAAAUUUGUUAAGGAAGAUGUUUUUUGA